CGAUUUAACAUCUUCUGAAUCUUAUACAAGCAUGUCAAUAUAUCAUACGUACCUAUUAUCAGAAGUGGAGGAUUUAACAAAUGAUUUUACAGGAUCAACCCGCUUGGAUGAUUCAUAUUCCGAUUGUUUGAACGAGCAUCAUAUUAGAGAAUCAGUCGAUCUCAAUGAUGAAAAAGUCAGUGGUGGUAGUGGUAGUGGUACCUUCGGACAUUUAGCUAAUCUUCUCGUUAGAAGAUCAACUGAUCCUAAAGAUGAAAAUGAUGAAAACAUUUAUUAUGAUUCUAUUG